AUGGUGAAAAGUCAUCUGUUCGAGGGCGAGCUGAUGUUCAGGAUAGAUCGAAUCAUGCCGGAGUUUCAGGCUCAUCCCCUUCAUGAGAACGAUCGAGUCGAGUUCGAUGUUCAGGCUGACGAGAGCGGCAAAGCUGUGGCCGUAGCUGUAAAGCCGGUCCUGGACAGAAAGCCAUACGAUGUUCUUGGACAGCGGCAGCGGGGCUACGUAAGGCGUGUGGCCGAGGGUUGGGGCUUCCUCAAUGCCGCCGCCUUUGACGGAGACCUCUGCGUUCACCGGGACAACCUCUUGCUUGAGCCGGGUUCUGAAGCUGGUUCCGAUGGCCAGCCGAUCCUCAGAACGGGGCAAGUUGUGGAGUUUGACGUUGCCGUGGAUGAUCGUGGAAGGGCGGUGGCGAAGCAACUCACCGCACGAGCUUUGCUGAGACCCUGCGAUUGGAUUGGCCACAGGUUGCGCGGGUACAUCCGAUCUUUCAACGGCCAUCGGGCCUUUGGCUUCAUCAACUCCGACAUAUUUGCUGGGGAUCUCUUCGUGCACCGUCACUCCUUGCUGGCGCAGUGCCAGAAUGCGCAGCUGGGCCGGAGUACGGUGGUGGAGUUCGACAUCGCACGAGAUUCUCACCCCAAGGGAGCAAAGAAUCGAGUGGUGGCAAGGAACGUGGCUGUUCUCGGUCCCCCGGAGGCUGCUGCAGUGCUUCUGCCAGCACCAGCACUCCAGUCGGCUGCCGCACAUGCAGCGAUGUCAGAGACCACACAGCCGGCUGCAGAGCCCGCAGCUCUGCAGGCGCCCUCGGAGUCUGGCACCGGGUCCGAAGUGGCUGGGGAGUCGACAGGCCCACAGGAGCCACCUCCCCUUAUCUGGGCUCCGACUCCAGACGCCGUUGUCGUUGGCGAAUUCCUGACCUUGCUAUGCAGUCAGGACCUGGCUCGCCUUCGACAGGCCACAGAGUGA